AUGCCCACGUUCCCGAGCUCCGCCAGGGGCACCGCCCAGCGCAGGGACCGCACCUGGGGCACGUCGAGCGCGCCGCCGAGCGGCGGCAGCGCGCCCAUGAACGCGGACGUGCCCCGCCGGACGCUCGUCGCCGCGGCGUUCUCGCUGAGCUCGUCGUCGACCGUGCUGUCGACGCUCCGCGAGGCGCGGCUCGUGGACAGCCGCUUCGGCCACACGAUCGUCGAGCUGCUGAGCGUGCAGGAUCUGGUGCUGGCGCCGCUGCUGGCGCUGCCGACGGCGGUCCACGAGCUGCGGAGCAGCAGCCACAGCCGGCCGGGCGGCUGGAUGCUCGGCGUCGUCGGGGGCUACGCGGGCGCGCUCGGCGUCGUCGUGCUCCUCGCGCGGCGCGCGCUGCCGCGCGCGCUGGGCCACCUCACGCGGGACCGCGAGGCCGACGCGCGGCCCGACGCGAACGCGAGCCUCCGCGCGCGGCGCGCGGCGUCGGACGCGUCGUUCGGCCUCUGCGUCGUCGGCUACGCGCUCGCGAUGGCGCUGCUCGGCGACCGGCUCAAGCUGAGCCACGAGGCCGGGGCGCUCUUCGCGGGGCUCGUGCUCGUGGGCACGCCCCACGUCGACAAGGCGAAGCGGGCCGUGUCGCCCCUCGCGGCCUUGUUCGGGGGCAUGUACGUCGCGUCGCUCGGCCUCGUCGCGUCGCCGCAGUACGUCCGCGCGCACUUCGGGGCCAUCAUGGGGCGCGUGACCGUCGUCGUCGUCAUCAAGGUCGCCGUCGUCGGGCCCAUGGUCUACGCGCUGGGCUUCUCGCGGGCCGCGGCGACGGGCGCGGGCUUUGCGUUCGCGCAGGUGUCCGAGGUCGCGCUCUUCGUGGCCGCGCGCGCGCACCACCUCCAGCUCGUGACGCGCCACACGUACCUCGACGUGCUCUCCACGACCAUCGUGCUCCUGGCCAUCGCGCCCCUCUUCAUCCACGUGCUCAAGCGCGUGGACCGGAAGCAGUUCCUGAGCCUCGACAAGGACACGGAGCACCGCGUCACCGCGACCGCGCUGCUCCUCGACCUCGUCGUCGCGCCCCUGAAGUGCCUCCGGUGCCUCGUCCUGAACCUCCGCACGCUCGGCUUCGUCGGGCGCUUCGCCUCCCGCGCGGCGAGGACGAGCUAAUGGUGUU